AUGUCGAAGAAGUCAGAGGAGAAGAGCACCGCUGUAGAGCCUCUUCUGGAUCCAUCUCAAACAAGAUAUGUUCUUUUCCCGAUCCAAUAUCAUGAUAUUUGGCACUAUUACAAAAAGGCAGAAAGCUCUUCUGGACAGUCGAGGAAGUGGACAUACACAAUGACCUAG